AGUUGGUGAAGAGGCGUAAAUUGACGUAAAACACAGGAAGUCAGAUGAUAUACACGAGUACCGACGAAAUGCGUUUACAUGCAUGUAAGAAUUAUAAUUUUUUGGAUUGCUGAGGGACAGCAUGUCAAAACAAGCCGCCAUCUUGUCGGUUCACCAGGCAACCAAGAAGUGUUUCGAAGUGAUAGGACAGCAGCAGAGUGUUUGGGACUGCACCCUGGCAGACUGCUUACCUCUCCUCAGUUCCCUGAGCAGCCUGGGAGAGCAGCUUCAAUCAUGCAGCAAGGUCCGCUUCAAGAACACACCUUUACAGGGCUUUCCUGAGCUGGAACAGCGGCUGAGAUACAAACUCAUCCAAGCUGUGGAAACAGUGCUGGGAAAACUGGGGGAGAAAAUGAGUGUUCUGCAAACUGUUCGAGAUGCUGUCAGUAACCAAGUGGCUACAGUUUUCCAGCAGUAUGAACAACAUGCAGACACGAUCGGCCUCAGUGCUUCAAUUGAGAGGUCAUCUCUUGCUCCCUCAGUGGCAGACAUGCUGGAAUGGCUACAGGACAUUGACAGGUUUUACAGAAACCAAUUCUUAAAGAGGAAGCUUUUGCUUCAGACAAUAAAGCCUGACAACUUUUCACACAUGCAAGCACUCCCUCAGUCCUGGAACAGGGUGUCUACUCAAAAGGGACAGGAACUGAUACAAGAUACACUGAUGAAGGUUUCAUUUUUCAUGGACUCCCAUUGAAGUUGAAAAGAAACUUCAGGUCAAAUAAAACAGAUCCAUACAGUAGUACAGUUAGACCUUUCAUUACCUGCAUUGUAUGCACUGACAGCUGACAGUGGCUGCUGAAAACAUGAUUGAACUGCAUUGGAAGGAGAGUGUUGGAUAACACCACAAAACUGGCAGACACCGGAAUGCUGGGUUGGGAAAUACUGCCUUUCUGUUUUAAGUUUUUGUUGACUUUUGGUGCAAUAGCUGAGUUUGUCCAUAAGAGGGCAGCAAUGCCCUUACAUGCACCGUGUCCGAACAAAUGACUGGAGCUGAAGAAACACAAGAAGCAAGCAGCCAAAAAAAUGAUGGCAAAAGGUACAUUUAAAGACGUUGUUUUAAAGGAUCAGUUACUGGUUUUUAAUUGUUGCAAAUUUGCUAAAAGGCUACAACUGCUACUUGCCUACUGUACUAGUAAUAAAAUAUUCAUUUUAAAAAAAUA